GUGCAGACAUUCCUCCCUAUGGACACACACACAGGAGGGUCACACUGACAGGCUGUGAAAGAAGGGAAGGAACGAAGGAGGACACAAACUGCACAAUCCUGAUCUACACUGUAUAAGAGAAGUAAACACAAUCCAGAGAAGACACACUGAUAGGCUCAAGGUGGCAGACACACAAGCCUGUAGUCUGAUACACACCCACUGGCUGGGUGGAGGAAGCAGGGUGCAUACAGACACUGGCACACACACACAUACAGAUUCCACUCAGCCUGAGCUCACUUUCUACACAAGGGGCUUUUUCCUGCAGGGGCUGCCAGCAUGGUUGCAGUCAGACUAAUUGCAAUUGGAUUAUACCUCCAGCUUUUUUUCUGUUAUGUCCUCUCCCAGACUUCCUUCAUGGACAGUAUCUUCCCAAUACCUGCAGCUUUUCCUUCCCUAGAACAGAAGAAACGAAGCAGUAAUGGAGGAUGCUGUCUCUUAACUCCUCCACCUCCACCAAUCUUUCCACCCCCGCCAUUCUUCAGGGAUCGCAGACACACAAUGCAUGACCUGGACUACACAAACUCACCUCUAGAACAAAACCCAACAAUACCUUUAUGUGUACCAGGCCCACCGGGACCAGAAGGCCCUCCAGGCCCACAGGGCCCACAAGGUUUGCCUGGAACAGUUGGACCAAAAGGAGAAAAAGGUGAAAUUGGCAGGCCGGGCAGAAAGGGUAGGACUGGUCCACCUGGUGUUCCGGGAAUGCCAGGUCCUAUAGGACCACUAGGACCAAUGGGACUGAAGGGUGAAAAGGGAGAUUCUACAUCAUUUGGCACGCCUGGCUCAAGAGGACCAACAGGCCCCAAGGGUUUUCCUGGCAUUAAAGGAGAAAAGGGUGUAAAAGGAGAUACAGGAGAACUGGGCCUCAAAGGCGAACAGGGCUUUAUGGGUCUACCAGGAAUGCUGGGACAAAAAGGGGAAAUGGGCCCAAAAGGAGAGCCGGGGAUUCCUGGAAAUAGAGGGCCUACAGGGAGACCUGGCAAACGAGGAAAACAGGGAGACAAGGGUGUCACUGGUGCUAUGGGAGUCAUGGGCCCUCCUGGUAGACCUGGUGCUAUUGGCCCAGCUGGACCCCCAGGACCAGCUCAGCUAAUUGUUGGACCAAAAGGAGAGAGAGGAGUUCCUGGUCCUCCAGGAAGGUGUCACUGCAAACACCCCCAGUCUGUGGUUCACCCUCCCAAUGAGGAGUCGUUUAAUGGAAACAGUUUUGCCAAGAUAUUUGUGGUUAACACACAAGAGGAGCUGGACAGCUUGGAUAUUGAAAAUGCUUUGGCGUUUCGUAAGGACCUCAGAUCCCUUUAUUUUAGAGACUCAAAUGGGUGGUUGCCUAUUCAGACCACCGCUUUUUUGGCUGAUGGCAGUGGCACCUGUGGAGAUGGAAUAGUCCAGCAUGGAGAAGAAUGUGAUGAUGGCAACAAAAUUGUCACUGACAACUGUAUAAAAUGCAAGCGUGCCUAUUGUGGAGAUGGCUACCGACAAGAGGGAGUAGAGGAAUGUGAUGGUAAAGAUUUUGGCUACCAGUCCUGCAGAACAUAUCUACCAGGAUCUUAUGGACAGUUGCGUUGCACAUCUUAUUGCUACAUUGACUCCACACAGUGCCGAUACUUUACAUGAAGAACCAGUGGAAAGAAACAGAAUCAACUUUGAUGUCACGCAAACACUGGGUGCUAGCAUAAAAUAAAUUAAACAUGACUGGGUAAUAGACUAACCCUCCAAUAUAAGUGAAAGAGAAAAACCUGCUGCCGAUGGCUUAUUGAGAAUUGUCAUAAAUAUGUCUGACUGGAAGAAAUAAGGACCACUGCAUCCUGUCUUAAUAAAACAUGCCAAUCAAUACUUGCCAGCAAGAAUUGUUCCUAACUUACCUUUAUAAUAAGAACUCUUAACAGGGCGAAUGCAUAUGGCUGGAACAGUAAAUCUCACUCUACAGGAAUAUUAUAUUGAGAAGACAACAUGACAACAUUACCUCGACUUAGCGCUGUUAACUCUGCAUAAUGAACUUGUAUGUUUUUUUUCCUCUGUCGACUGUUAUGAAAUGAGCACCAAGCAUACCCUGACUUGUGGCAUUUUCAGAAGAACAUUUAAUCUCUGAAUAAUAAUGUGAAUGUGGAUUGUACUAUACUUCCUAUGUUACUUAUAAAGUUAGUGUUUAGUCUCGAGUUCCACUUGUGAAUCGUAUUGGUCUGGUGCACUGAGAUAAGCAGGAAAUUAAAUAAGAUGAAGAAGACAAAGAAAGGGAUUUCUGGGAAACAGACGUCACGUAGAGUCAUUCGUGGUUAAAGUGGACAGUAAUGCUGUGUAGACCAAGCACUCAAGGUUGCUCCAGCAAGAAAAAUAACAUUGUGGACAAUUCCUUGUGUUAUCAAUGUCAGUGCAUGAAGCAGUAUUCAGGGUUUAGUAGAGUUGGCGUAGCAGCAAACCAAAAACACCCAAUUAGCUUGCACGUCCUUUGGUCUAAAACAGGGUCAAUGGAUGCUGUGCUGUGUCAUAGUACCUACGCCAUUAACAACGAUAACACCUAUUUUACAAUCAAAUAUAAUAAUAUUACAUUUAAAUAAAAAAGGAAAAAUAAUAGAUAGCUGUAUAUAGUUCUAGUAAGAUCAGAUGUAAUGUACUGCUGUUUAAAGCACUCUUAAGUGUAAAGUGUCAUACUUUGUUCUAUAAAUUAGUCCAUCUUCUUAUUUAAUUUCCACCUUUUUUUUUGUAGACCUUGUAAUUUAUUUUUAUUAUUGUACAUUUCUGUAUACCUUUGCUGUUUUUCGCUGCUCUAAUAAUGUCAUGCAUAAUUUUGCAGAAUUGUUUUCUUAUUUUUUACUCAGAUAUCAUAUUAGACAUCCAUGUGCGUCACUGUCCUGUUUUGUCAUAUGUUGUAUAGUAUUGCGUACUCUUGGUCCCAUGUCUGUUUGGCAGGUUCCAAAUGUCUACCUAUUAUGCAUAUGCUGUCUGCAUUCUAUGGGAUUUCAUGCUGCCUGUUAGGUGUACAUAGACUUGUACAGUAUAUGAAUACUACAAAGUUUAAGUGGACUGAAAAAGGUCUGGAAUGUUAUUAAAGCAAGCUAAUAUGCAUAUUUGUCUAUGUUGGCUAAUCCCCAUUGAAAAGCCCCAUGGGCCAGUUUACAAUGAUGAGGUAACAUAACACAAUUACUGUUUGAAUUUUGGCACAAGCAAAGCAAAUGAAGGCUUGGCAUGCAUGUGUUCCAGGUUAUGGCGACAGCAUUGCAUUGUUGUCAGUGAGCUGCAGUAUGAGCAUCAAAAUAUUGUAAUGCCAUAAAAAUGUGCCAAUGUAUGUAGUGUUUGUAUCCGUUUUGUCAGUAUAAUCACAUGGGUCUCUUAUCUCUGCAUGCCCUUGAUCAUGGAACUCACCAGUGAAAAUAAAACAAUCUCCUGUCUCAAA